AUGCAGGAGCUGCAGCAUCCCAUGCUCUUCAGCGAGCACCUGUGUGAAGCCACUGCUGAGACCCUGCACAGUGAUGUGCCCGUCCGAGCCCACCCUUACCACAAACCCGAGUACAUCAGCCGGCCUAUCACACACAGCUACUGUGAUGAAUCUUCAAGUCAUGAGUGUAACCAGCGCAUGAUUCUCCUUUAUGGCGUUGGUAAGGAGCGUGACGAAGCGAGGCAUCAGCUGAAGAAGAUUACCAAAGACAUCCUCAAAAUUCUGAAUAAGAAGAGUACUACUGAAAUGGGUGUUGGGGAUGAAGGGCAGAAAGCCAGGAAGACCAAACAAGAAGCAUUUCCAACCCUAGAGACCAUGUUCACAAAACUACAGCAGCUGUCCUAUUUUGAUCAGCAUCAGGUGACAUCUCAGAUCUCCAGUAACGUUCUUGAACAGAUAACCAGUUUUGCCUCAGGAACAUCGUAUCAUCUUCCCUUGGCUCACCACAUACAGCUCAUCUUUGAUCUCAUGGAGCCAGCACUGAAUAUCAAUGGACUUAUAGACUUUGCAAUACAGCUGUUGAAUGAGCUGAGUGUUGUGGAGGCAGAGCUGCUGCUGAAGUCGUCCAGCCUGGCAGGAAGCUACACGACAGGGCUGUGCGUCUGCAUUGUUGCCGUUCUGCGGCGUUACCAUGCCUGCCUUAUCCUCAACUCGGAGCAAACCGCACAAGUCUUCGAAGGGUUAUGUGGGGUGGUAAAGCACGUUAUUAAUCCCUCAGAGUGUUCUUCCCCAGAAAGAUGUAUUCUAGCUUAUCUCUAUGAUCUGUAUGUGUCCUGUAGUCACCUGAGAAGCAAGUUUGGAGACCUCUUCAGUAGUGCCUGUUCUAAGGUGAAGCAAACGAUAUACAGCAAUGUUCAGCCUUCAAAUUCCAAUUUACUGUGGGACCCAGAGUUCAUGCUAGAUUUUAUUGAGAAUCCUUCUGCUCACAGCAUUAACUACUCAAUGCUGGGCAAGAUCCUGAGUGAUAACGCUGCCAACCGCUACAGCUUUGUCUGCAAUGCACUGAUGAACGUGUGCAUGGGGCACCAAGAUGCAGGAAGGAUUAAUGACAUAGCAAACCUCUGCGCAGAGCUGACGGCGUGCUGCACGGUUCUUAGCUCAGAGUGGUUAGGGGUUGUAAAAGCUCUUUGCUGCUCUUCAAAUCAUGUCUGGGGGUUCAACGAUCUGCUCUGCAGUGUAGAUGUGAGUGACCUGUCAUUUCACGAUUCCCUGGCCACUUUCAUUGCUAUACUGAUUGCCAGGCAGUGCUUUUCUCUGGAAGAUGUAGUUCAGCAUGUUGCACUGCCUUCUCUUCUUGCAGCUGCCUGUGGAGAUCCAGAUGCUGAGCCUGGGGCAAGGAUGACCUGUCGGCUGCUCCUGCACCUCUUCAGGACACCCCAGAUUUGCUUCUUUCCCCAGGGAACAGGCAAAUUAUUUCCUGGAAUUCGUUCUUCUUGUGAUCGUCACCUCUUGGCUGCUGCUCACAACAGUAUAGAAGUGGGAGCUGUGUUUGCAGUCUUAAAAGCAAUUUUAAUGCUUGGUGAUGCCGAAAUUGGCAACAACAAUGUCAACUCUUUGAAGAGUGAAGACUUCCAUAUGAGAGGCUUGUUAGAUGAACUCAAUGAGGAUGAAGUCUGGGGUUCUUCUCACACUUUGAAAGCAUGUGGAAAAGCUGUUCAAAUAGAAACUGCUAGUUUAAGCGAGUAUGCUAGAUAUGUGCUAAGAACAAUUUGUCAGCAGGAAUGGGUUGGAGAACACUGUUUAAAAGAACCUGAGAGGCUGUGCACAGACAAAGAUCUUAUUUUGGAUCCCGUUCUUUCAAACAAACAAGCACAGAAACUGCUUCAACUUAUCUGUUAUCCUCAUGGUAUUAAAGAAUGCACGGAGGGUGACAACCCUCAGAGGCAGCAUAUCAAGUGCAUACUUCAGAACUUAGAUCAGUGGACUCUCCGGCAGUCUUGGUUGGAGCUGCAACUAAUGAUCAAACAGUGCAUGAAGGAGCCUGGUUCUGGGUCUGUGGCUGAAAUGAACAGCUUGUUGGAUAAUAUUGCAAAGGCGACAAUAGAGGUGUUUCAGCAAUCCGCUGAUCUAAACAAUAACUCUUCUAACUCUGGUAUAGGCCUCUUCAAUCCAAACUCUGUUGGAAAUGCUGACACAAGUAAUACAAGACAGAAUGGUAAAAAGACAUUCCUAAGUUCCUCUGAAUGGCGAGGAGUGUGGCUGGUGGCUCCCUUGAUUGCAAAACUGCCUACCUCAGUUCAAGGUAGGGUCUUGAAAGCUGCGGGAGAGGAGCUGGAGAAAGGUCAGCAUUUGGGGUCAUCUUCUAAGAAGGAGAGAGAUAGACAGAAACAAAAAAGCAUGUCUCUCUUGAGUCAGCAACCUUUCCUUUCGUUGGUACUUACUUGCCUUAAGGGGCAGGAUGAGCAACGGGAAGGGCUUCUAACAUCACUGCAGAAUCAAGUUAAUCAGAUCCUUAGCAACUGGAGGGAAGAACGGUACCAGGAUGAUGUUAAAGCUAGGCAAAUGAUGCAUGAAGCCCUACAACUUCGUCUUAACUUGGUAGGUGGCAUGUUUGACACUGUGCAGAGGAGUACCCAGUGGACCACGGACUGGGCACUUCUGCUUCUCCAGAUAAUCACUUCAGGAACUGUUGAUUUGCAGACCAACAAUGAACUGUUCACAACCGUGCUUGAUAUGCUGGGUGUUCUCAUCAAUGGGACACUUGCCUCGGACUUGUCAAACGCUUCCCAAGGAGGGCCUGAGGAAAACAAAAGGGCUUAUAUGAAUUUAGUGAAAAAAUUAAAAAAAGAGCUGGGAGACAAGCGGUCGGAAAGCAUUGACAAGGUUCGCCAGCUGCUCCCUUUGCCGAAGCAGACAUGUGAUAUUAUCACUUGUGAGCCAAUGGGAUCCUUGAUAGACACCAAGGGAAACAAAAUUGCAGGAUUUGACUCCAUUGAUAAGAAACAGGGUCUUCAGGUUUCAACAAAACAAAAGGUGUCCCCUUGGGAUUUAUUUGAAGGUCACAAAAAUCCUGCUCCUCUCUCCUGGGCAUGGUUUGGUACAGUUCGUGUCGACAGGAAAGUGAUAAAAUACGAGGAGCAGCAGCAUCUCCUCCUGUACCACAUGCACACCAAACCCAAGCCACGGAGUUACUACCUCGAGCCCUUACCCCUUCCUCCAGAGGAGGAGGAGGAAGAGCCCACCACACCUGUGUCUCAGGAACCAGAAAGAAAGUCAGGAGAGUUCUCUGAUCAGGGAAAACAUGCCACAGAUGACGAGAAGAAGACGAAGAGCAGGAAACGAAAGUCAAAGUCAAGCUCAAGGGCUGAUGAAUAUCCACAGAACAACUUAUACAGAGUGCCUCCCACUUACUCCCCAGUCUCCUCUCAAGUGAUGCAUCCUCCUCAGCCUGCCUUGUGGGGUUACAGUAUCAUGGGCCAGCCACAGCAGCCAGGUUUCUUUGUGCAGAACCAAUCCCUCCCACCAGGUGGUUCCAGGCUGGAUCCAACAGGCUCCUUUGUUCCAACUAAUACGAAGCAAGCCCUGUCGAACAUGCUGCAGCGGCGCUCUGGCACCAUGAUGCAGCCCCCCUCUAUCCAUGCAAUCACGCCUCAGCAGCAGUUGCUCCAGAUGAAACUCCUGCAGCAAGAGCAGCAGCAGCAGCAGCAGCGGCUCCUCAGGCAGCAAGCACAGUCACGGUCUCUCCAACAGGGUCAGCCAAUGGACCAAGCUGCUAUUUUCUCUCCACAAGUUCGACCCCCGUCUCAGCUUUCACAGUACCCAGGGUUACAGCAAGCACAG